UUUCGAUCAGUUAUCGUGCGCACUUCUGUUUGGGCAGUUCGGUGCGCAAACAAUUUGUUCGGUGUGUAUAAUUCAAACAAGUGGUUCAUCAUGCCUGAAGAAAAAUUCGAUCUGCAGAAAGUGCAAUCGCACUUCGAACAAUGCCCAGUCGGAGACGAUGACAUUUUUAUAGAUCCUUACUUGGAGGCGUUUCGAGAGCUCAACAAGUUCUUGUCAGUGAUGGGAACCGUGUUUGGAUUCAUUUGCAACGAAAUCAAAGAAAAAGUGCGAAUUCUUGAAAGCCUUCGUCAAGAUCAAAACCACGGUACUCAUUUUGAAACCGUUCGAAAAAUGAUGGACUACGAGACGAGCAAUGGUUUGGUGAAUAAGAAGGGCUACAUAUCAGGAUGUAGGACCAUGCAACGACUUCACCGAGGUUUAAAUUUCAUCUAUGAAUUUCUCAAGCGGCUAUCGGAGCUGGAAACCGCCGAUGCGAAAACCAGUGGCAUUUGUCAAGCGGCCUACAAUGACACUUUGGCCGAGUUCCACCCGUGGAUAAUACGCAAGGGAGCCCUCAUGGCUAUGUAUUCAUUGACCACCAGGGACGAGCUGUUGGGGAAGAUGUGCGACGAUGCCAAUGCGACGCUCAAGCUGCUACCGGAAAUGCUACACACCGGCCGAGGGGUGUACGACCGAACGCAUACACUAUACACGAACUAUGGGCUUCAUGGACUUCCUUGAGCGUUUGAAAAAUGAUUUAGUUAGUACGAAUUGAGUCAUUUUGUUAAUUGCUUACGAUUUGUUCUUCGUGAAAAAACGUAACUUCAAGCAUUCUAAUUCACUAACUAAAAUUGCAUUAUUAAAAACGUGUCUACAGAGAACAGUGAUAUUAUUCAAAAACGUUAAUGAAACCAAAUUAUAUUAAUUUUGAUAAUGUAAUAAAAA